AGGAAAUAGGGCCGGAUUGAACAACCUAGUUCUCAGUUAUGUUCUUUUCGGAAUCACUUUCCGAAGUUUUUGUUUCUCAUAUAUCCCAGGCUGCCCUCAAACUUGCUCCGUUGCUGAAAAUUUCUGAUUUUCCUGCCUCCACUUUCCCAAGUAACGGGUAAUUCAUACCGGGCUUGGUUUUUGAGACAAGGUCUCAAAUACUGUCUCCAUACUUAGGAAAUAGCCAAGAAGGAUCUUGAACUGAUCGAUCCUUGGGCCUCCAGUUUUCAAAUGCUGGGUUGACGCCUGGCUCACUGCAGUUGUUUUACUUCAGUGGCAAAUAGAUCUUGUGGCUUUUCUUCUCAUGCUCCUGUCCAUAUUACAACAUCUCCGCAGUGAGUGCAGCUCCCAAGGAGUCUUUUGACUUCUCGGGCCUCCGUCGUACCUGCGGAGCCUCGCCCAUCCACCGCGGACGUCCGAUGCCAUGGCGACCCUGCUGCUUCGCUCCCUGCGCCUCCACGGCAGGCUCCCUUACCGUACGCGGCUAGAUGUAGGUGUGCCCCUCAGGGCCGGGAGCCAUAGCGCCCGCCUGCUGUACCCGGACCACAUCCCCACCACCCCGCUGCAAAAGAUGCUGCUGGCCGCGGGCGCGGCGGGAAUGGCGCUCUACAACCCCUAUCGCCACGACAUGGUUGCAGUUCUAGGGGAGACCACAGGAUGCUACACCCUGAAAUUCCUCAGGGACCAAAUGAAGAAGGAUCCAGAGGGUGCCCAGAUUCUACAAGAGCGACCCCGGAUCUCACUGUCUACUCUCGACCUAAGCAAGCUCCGGAACUUGCCUGAAGGCUCUCUGGGCCGUGAGUAUCUUCGCUUCCUGGAUGUGAAUAAGGUUUCUCCAGAUACGCGAGCACCUACACGUUUCGUGGAUGAUGAAGAACUAGCCUAUGUGAUCCAGAGAUACCGCGAGGUGCACGACAUGCUCCACACCCUGCUGGGGAUGCCCACCAAUAUGCUGGGAGAGGUUGUCGUAAAGUGGUUUGAGGCUGUGCAGACUGGCCUACCCAUGUGUAUCCUGGGAGCAGUCUUCGGACCCAUCCGCCUCCGUGCUCAGAGCCUCCAAGUGCUGUUCUCGGAGCUGAUCCCGUGGGCGAUUCAGAACGGGCGCAGGGCCCCGUGUGUCCUCAACAUCUACUAUGAGCGGCGUUGGGAGCAGUCCCUGACAGCCCUGCGGGAGGAGCUGGGCAUCAGUCCUCCCCCAAAAAUCUAGGGCCUGGCCUAGCCUGGGCUGCCGCACAGGGAGGACAAACCUUCCUCUCCACACACUGCCUUCCUUGGAGCAAAAGAGCCUCUCGGAUGCUUUUGUUUCUUCUCUUUGAACCUUGGACUCAGAGUGUCACUUAUCAUGAUUUUUAUAGUCUUUGCUGCCAUUUGCCUUAAGGGCCAACCCAGCGGGGCAGUGGGGCCCCAGGCUGCUUCGAGCCAUCCGGAGAGAGCAUUAUGUGUGCCUGGAAAUUCGGAUCAUACUGAUUGUUGAGGUCUAAGGACCCUCUUCUGGGCCGUGACUCUGACAGGGCAUUCUGUCAAGCUCUGUCUUUGAAAGCUUGACUACUACAUUGUGUUGCCAAUCCCUGAGCAGAGAGGUGGGGAGGAGAAGAUGUCUCUGGUGUCUGAAUAAAGCUCUCAUCAGGCCUGGA